CAGGUACUCGAGGCCGCGGCCUUCAUUCCUCUCGGAAAGGCUCUGAGCAAAUAAAGAUCUGGGAUUUAUAUCCCUUUUAGAAGGUGAUCCAUAAAUGUUGGGAAAAGAAGGAGAAAAUGACCAAGUUCCAGGAGGCGGUGACGUUCAAGGACGUGGCUGUGAUCUUCACGGAGGAGGAGCUGGGGCUGCUGGACCCGUCGCAGAGGAAACUGUACCGAGACGUGACUCUGGAGAACUUCCGGAACCUGGUCUCAGUGGGGACUCAGCUCUUCAAACCAGACCUUAUAUUCCAGCUGGAGAGAGAAGAAAAGCGUUUGAUGGUGGAGACCGAAACCCAGAAAGAUGGGUGUUCAGGAAUCAAGAGCCAACAUAACAUGAAGAGUUUUCAAGAAGUGGGAUUAAGCUACCUUUCUCCUAAAGAGCUUUCCUCCUGGCAGACCUGGCAACAGGGUGCAAGUGGGUUAACCAGGUGUCAAGAGUCCAUGAAAAAUUUUCAAAGGAAUAUUUCUAAGUUGCAAAAACAAGGUGAUUCCCCCUGCCGGAUUUGGGCAGGAAUACCAAUGCAGAUUUCUGAAGAUGGGAACUAUAUUUUGACUCCUGGAGAGGAUGGUUUCGAUUACAUAAAAAAUCAAGAGUUUCCAUCUUGGAGAACCCAGCAUUCUUGGAGGAAAAUGUAUCUGGCAGAGCCACAUAAUUAUCAGUGUGGAUGUCAACAAGUUUCCAUGAAAAAUAAUUUCUGUGAAUGUGAUGGUGUCAGUUGGAUCUCACAUCACAAUGACAAUCUGAGAGUACACAGAACAGAAAAAAACCACAACUGCCAUGACUGUGGAGAAGACAUUAUGAAGGUGUCACUGCAUAAUCAAGAUUUAAUUCAAACAAGGCAAAAGCCCUGCCCCUGUAAUGAUUACAGAAAAGUCAUCAGGGAUGACUUCAACUCUGAGGUUCAUCAACAGUUAGACUUAGAAGGGGAAUCCCAUACAUACAGUCCAUGUGGAAAGGGCUGUAGUUAUAAUUCAGUUCUUCAUACUCAUCAAUGUGUUCAUAGAAGAGAUGAUAGUAUUUUUGAGAGUUCACAUCUGCAAUCCCAUCAGAGAGAACAUACAGAAGAGAAGCCAUGUAUAUGUGAAUAUGGUGAGAACUUGAAUCGGUGCUCCUCUCUUAACAUGUAUGGACUUAUUCACACAGGAAAGACAUCCUAUAAUUAUGAGAAAGCCUUCAGUCACAGCUUAGACCUCAGUGGUAUUUUUAGGGUUAGCACUGGGCAGGAACCCCAUGAAUAUAAGGAGAAUGGGAAUGUCCUUAAUCAUAGUUCUCAUCUGCAAGUCCAUCAGAAAAUCCACACUGAAGAGAAACUAUGCACCGAUUUAGAGUAUGAGGAAGGUUUCAUUUGUAGCUCAAAUCUUAAUAUUCAGCAUAGAAUUCACAUGGAAGAGAUUCCCCAUAAUUCGGAGGAGUGUGCUAAUGGCUUCAGUCUGCCCUCACAUUUUCAGAACCUUCAGAUAGUCCAUCCUAGGGAACAACCAUAUAAACAUUAUUCAUGUGGUAACAAUGUCAGCCAAAAUUCAUAUCUUCAAGGCCAUCAGAAAACUCACAUUGGAGAGAAACCAUAUAAGGAGUAUGGAAAUGGCUUCAAUUGGAAUUUAAAACUUAAAGGUCACCAGAGAGUCAAUACUGGAGAGAAGCCAUACAAAUGCAGUGCUUGUGGUAAAGACUUCAGUCAUAGAUCAGUUUUUAAUGUCCAUCAGAGAGUCCACACAGGAGAGAAACCUUAUAAAUGUGAGGAGUGUGAUAAGGGAUUCAGUCGUAGUUCAUACCUUCAAGCCCAUCAGAGAGUCCACACUGGAGAAAAACCAUACAAAUGUGAAGAGUGUGGGAGGGGCUUCAGUCGCAAUUCAUACCUUCAAGGCCACCAGAGAGUUCACACUGGUGAAAAACCAUAUAAGUGUGAGGAGUGUGGGAAGGGCUUCAGUCGGAGUUCACACCUCCAAGGCCAUCAGAGAGUCCACACUGGAGAAAAACCCUACAAAUGUGAGGAGUGUGGGAAGGGAUUCAGUUGGAGCUUUAACCUUCAAAUUCAUCAGAGGGUUCACACAGGAGAGAAACCCUAUAAAUGUGGGGAAUGUGAUAAGGGCUUCAGUAAGGCCUCAACUCUUUUGGCCCAUCAGAGAGUUCACACCGGAGAGAAGCCAUACCAAUGUGAUGAGUGUGGUAAGAGCUUCAGUCAGAAAUCAUACCUUCAAAGCCACCAGAGUGUCCACACUGGAGAGAGACCAUACGUAUGUGAAGUGUGUGGGAAGGGCUUCAGUCAGAGAGCAUAUCUUCAAGGUCAUCAGAGGGUCCACACUAGAGUGAAGCCAUAUAAAUGUGACAUGUGUGGGAAGGGCUUUAGUCAGAGUUCACGCCUUGAAGCACAUCGGAGGGUUCACACAGGAGGGAAACCAUACAAAUGUGAGGUUUGUACGAAGCGCUUCAGUGAGAGUUCACGUCUUCAAGCACAUCAGAGGAUCCACAUAGAAGGGAGGGCCUAUAAAUGUGAACAGUGUGGCAAGGGUUUCAGUGGAUUUUCAAGUCUUCAAGCCCAUCACAGAGUCCACACUGGGGAAAAGCCAUACAAAUGUGAGGUGUGUGGAAAGGGCUUCAGUCAGAGAUCAAAUCUUCAGGCUCACCAGAGAGUCCACACAGGAGAGAAACCAUACAAAUGUGAUGCAUGUGGUAAGGGUUUUCGUUGGAGCUCAGGUCUCCUAAUUCAUCAAAGAGUCCAUAGUGAUACGUUUUAUAAAAGUGAGGAGUAUGGUAAGCAUUAUCCAUCAGAUAAUCCAUACACAAAUGAGAUCCUGUAAAAUGGUAUUUUGUUUUGUUUUGAAGUCCUCAAAUGGAAGCUGAAUUUUCCCGUUUAUCCGAGUUCUUAUAGUAGAAAAAGAUUAUCUUUAAUGAAAAUGUGAUGUUUUAACCCAACCUCACAAUAUUCACAAUAGGAGACCACACAGCAAAUAUCUAAUGAGAGAGGUGUUUCAUAAGGGAUGUAUAGCAUCAGUCAUUGCACAUGACUUUAACUCAGGGGU